AGGGCGACCAGAUUCAGAAGAUAUAGUGAAACAGGAAAUAGGGCGACCAGUUUCAGAAGACAUAAUGAAACAUGACUAGGAAAUAGGGUGACCACAUUCAGAAGAUAUAAUGAAACAUGACUAGGAAAUAGGGCGACCAGAUUCAGAAGACAUAAUGAAAGAAGGCAAGACAUAAGGGCUACUGAGUAUCAGAAGAUACAAUUAAACACUGCUAUGACAAAGGGCAUCCAGUUUUAGAAGAAACAAUGAAGCAUAGGGCGACCAGUUUCAGAAGAUACAAAGAAACAUGGCUAGGACAAAGGGCAACGAGUUUCGGGAGAUACAAUGAAAUAUGGCUGGGACAAAUGGCAACGAGUUUCGGGAGAUACAAUGAAAUAUGGCUGGGACAAAGGGCAACGAGUUUCGGGAGAUACAAUGAAACAUGGCUAGGACAAAGGGCAACGAGUUUCGGGAGAUACAAUGAAAUAUGGCUGGGACAAAGGGCAACGAGUUUCGGGAGAUACAAUGAAAUAUGGCUGGGACAAAGGGCAACGAGUUUCGGGAGAUACAAUGAAACAUGGCUGGGACAAAGGGCAACGAGUUUCAGAAGAUACAAUGAAUAUGGCUAGGACAAAGAGCAACGAGUUUCGGGAGAUACAGGGAAACAUGACUGGGACAUAGGGCGACCAGUUUUAGAAGGUGCAAUGAAACAUGGCUGGGACAUAGGGUGACCCGUUUAAGAAGAUGCAAUGAAACAUGGCUGGGACAAAGGGCGACAAGUUUCAGAAGAUAAAAUGAAACAUGGCUGGGACAUAGGGCGACCAGCUUCAGAAGAUACAAUGAAACAUGGCUGGGACAAAGGGCGACCAGUUUCAGAAGAUACAAUGAAACAUGGCUGGGACAUAGGGCAACGAGUUUCGGGAGAUACAAUGAAAUAUGGCUGGGACAAAUGGCAACGAGUUUCGGGAGAUACAAUGAAAUAUGGCUGGGACAAAGGGCAACGAGUUUCGGGAGAUACAAUGAAACAUGGCUAGGACAAAGGGCAACGAGUUUCGGGAGAUACAAUGAAAUAUGGCUGGGACAAAGGGCAACGAGUUUCGGGAGAUACAAUGAAAUAUGGCUGGGACAAAGGGCAACGAGUUUCGGGAGAUACAAUGAAACAUGGCUGGGACAAAGGGCAACGAGUUUCAGAAGAUACAAUGAAUAUGGCUAGGACAAAGAGCAACGAGUUUCGGGAGAUACAGGGAAACAUGACUGGGACAUAGGGCGACCAGUUUUAGAAGGUGCAAUGAAACAUGGCUGGGACAUAGGGCGACCCGUUUAAGAAGAUGCAAUGAAACAUGGCUGGGACAAAGGGCGACAAGUUUCAGAAGAUAAAAUGAAACAUGGCUGGGACAUAGGGCGACCAGCUUCAGAAGAUACAAUGAAACAUGGCUGGGACAAAGGGCGACCAGUUUCAGAAGAUACAAUGAAACAUGGCUGGGACAUAGGGCGACCAGCUUCAGAAGAUACAAUGAAACAUGGCUGGGACAAAGGGCGACCAGCUUCAGAAGGAGCUUUCAAUCUGCCUGGAAGACAAACAAGACAACAGUGAGAAGAAGGACAACAAUAAAGACACAAAUGUGCCACUGAAAGUGGAGUUACCGCCGAUUAAGGUGGAGAAUGGCAAAGUGGGGAAGGUCUUCACAUUCGACCAGGACGAUGACCUUGAAAAAGGCGGGAAAGAGACAGGCGAAUCAAGGCUCAACAUUGAGGAGUUUGAGUGUGGAGUGCACUUUGGUGGCGGAGAAAACGCCAAACAGGAAUGGUCCUUCACUCUCUAUGACUUUGAUGGGCACGGGAAAAUUACCAAGGAGGAUCUGGUUGGUCUACUUAAAGCGCUGUAUGAUGCCAUUGGUUCUUCAAUAAAAAUCCCGAAUAACGGGACAAAAACACUGAAACUUCGACUGAGCGUGGGUCAGGAGGCUUCAAUAAGCACUGAAACCAGUCCAGUCAGUGAAGGUGGAAAAGCCACCAAAGCAAACAAUGAAAAAGAGGAGAAAGAGAAACCUAGUCCAAAGAAAAAAGACAACUCCAAAGUGAAAGUGAAAGAGAGUCAUGCUGACCCAAAAGUUAAGGAAAGUCUUAACUUUAAAUCCAAGGAUAGUGCAAAGUACAAAGACAAUGGAAAAGUGAAAAUUAAGGAUAUUUCGCGACUAAACAAUCUGGUAGGGCCAAGGGGUAGUCUGAAAUGUACUAAUGAAGCCCAAGCUGAGGCCCAGGCGGGGGCAAAGACGAAGGUGAGCACGCACAAACACAAGGAGCUGGUUAACCUUGUCCAGGAAAAUAUGGAGCGAAACCAUGUAAAGCCUGUCAGACGUCACCAUAGUGACUGUCGAGGCUGCCCACCUGAACAUCGGCAGGGGAAGAGUCGACAGAGAUCAGCUAGAACCAAUUCUGCCAAGGAAAACAAUAUGAAACAGUUAAAACCACCGGGUGUAUCUAAGUCUGCCAACAACUCUCCUGCAAAAGUGGAAACUGACGCUCCUAAGGAGUGCCAGGAUCGGAGAAAUUAUUACCUAGAUUUGGCCGGAGUCGAAAAUAACUCAUCCAAAUUUCAAGACAACUCAACUGCAGCAUUAGAGACUGGAAAAAGUUCCGAACUGAAUAAUUCUCAAGUGAAAAAUAGUACCUCAAGUUUUCAGCCAGUAAAACCCUUUUCAGCAUUAUCUGCAGGACAAUUUUGUGUUCCGAAACAUUUUAGGUCACGUUCACAUGAACAUGCAACGGUGCAUUGUGACCCAACCAGUGCUAAAACUAAUCACUGCCCUAAAAAUGAUGAGGUUUCUAGUUUUCAAACGGAACAUUUUCGAUCGCGAUCAUUUGACCCGCAGGAUUCUAAUGUGAGUAAUGUGCGUGCUACAAAAGGAAAUCCACCGUUGUUAAUGACUUCUCCCACAUUAAAACAGUCCCAGCCACAAUCACAAACGCAGUCCAUGUUUCGACCAGUGAGUUUACCCCCACAGAUUCCGGAAAUUGUUUCACCUUUCUAUCACCGACGGCACCGUCAUCGCGAGAAAAACCACCAUCUCGCCAUGCAGCAAGUGGCUGAAUGGAUUGAGCGUGAACAUACUGUGGAUUACGAGGGCGAUAAAAUUGUGAUUCAACGGCAUGAGCACCAUCAUGUACAUGAACACCAUCAUCAUCAUCACUAUCACCAUUAUUACGAGGCUUAGGAGUUUUCAUGGGUGGAAUAAAUAUUGUAGUCUUAUGGAUAGGCAUGAACUCAUAAUCAAGCAAAACUUCAUUACAAAGAAGAAAAUUGAAAAUGCACACAUCAUCACCCCUAUUGCCAUUAUUACAAGCCUAAAAGGGUGUUAAUGUGUACAUUAAUGCUUUUUAUAUUGUAUUUGAAUUGAUAGAUUAAGUUCAAAGGGCUAGCAAGACUUCAGAGAAAACUAUAAUACGCAAAUCAUCAUUACUAUUACCAUUAUAAGGAGGCUUAGAGUUUAAAAUGAGUAAAAGGUUGUAUCUGCUUCCCUUUUUAAUGUCACUUAGAGCUUUCUCUUUCAGCCCUUAAAUAGAUGGGCAUACUUUUAAGGAUGAAGUUACCUUAGUUUAUCAAAUCAUUUUAAAGAGAUUAUACAAUUGUCUAAAAAUGCAAAAGCUUAUCUCCUUGGUUUCUUUAAAUUGAGUUUUAAGGUAUUUGACCCACAAAUAUGUAGGUGGUGACCCAAUAUUAUUUUGGAAUGAAUUGAAAGGGUUUAAUCUGCAGAAAAAGAGAAUGUUACAGUCUGUGAAAUAAAAAAAAAUAAGCAUAGGCCAUUUGGGCCUAUAACCUUAACAAAUCCAUAGGCUGAAAUCAUAUUUCAUAGGCCCAAAAGAAAAAUAACAAGUUUGACCACUUCAUAGAGUAUUUAAUGCUAUUCUCUUGUAAAAAGGACAACAAAGAAAACACAUGGUCCUCAGCCAUCUCCACAUCAUCAUCAGUCAGAGGCGUAGCUAGGGCCUAAAAAACUUGUAGGCCCGAUGAUUCUUUGUGAGUUUUGGGACUUUUAUAUGCACAUUACACACACUCAAUUAUACUUGCAAUGAUUACAAUAUAAUCAAGUAAUACACUCUGCCAGAGUUUGAUUAAACAUUAAACUUGCCAGGGUUAAAAUAAAACAAACUUUUGUUCAAAGUGUUUGGGUAGCUUUUAGUUUUUAUUGCAUUUUUUGGUUAUUUAAAUUAUAUCAUUUUUCAAAAAAGUUGUAGUCCCAGGCCUACAUGGCCUAUAUGUAGCUACGCCACUGUCAGCAUCUGAGUCCUCCGAGUCUAAGCUGUCAAUGGUCUUCCUCUGAAACAUAAAUAUUUAUUAUAUUGGACUACUCAAUGAUUUCAGUACCGUAUACCGUUUAAGUAUGUAAGUUAUUGCAUAAAAAUACUAUCUGCUUUGGUGCGAGUCGAGGCUAAGCAUCUUAGCAAAUGCCAAAGAUAGGACGAAACAAAAAUAGCAUCUAUCAAGUUAUUUAAUAUUACGAAAAUUCCGUUAGCCAAUCAGUGCACGACAUAGUGAAAUCGGAACAUGAUGAUGAGUUGUAGUGAUCAUGAAGGUCAAUGCACAUGGAAUAUUGAUUAUUUAAUAUAGUACAAACAUUCCAUGAUAUCUAAUUGAUGCUACCGAAAGGCGACAAUGGAAUCGCCUGGUCAAAUAUGUGAAAGUUCUUAAAAUUAUUUAUUGUUCCACAUGAAUUAUUUUAGCUGCAAUCAUUAAAUCAACUUAGUGUCCUUUUCAAUUCAAUGUCAGUCGUUUGCCAGGUCACAGUUCAUCAUAGCCAUUUAUAUGGCUUUCAGGAACACAUUUAAAUUAUGUUUUGCAGCAAACAGAAGAAUACAAACAUGAAAAAAUAACAGCUCUUAUAUUAAGAUAUGUGUCAAAUUUCAUACCAUAACAUUAAAAUAGGGUUUGCAAACAUAUAUUCGCGACUGGGCUUGAUCAAUGUUCAAUUCUAAACAAUCACGAGUCGCGAAAAUAUGUGACAAACCGAUUUUUUAAGUCGAGGCGCGGCAAUUUUGAUUAGUUGAUACGAAAUAUGUUUUCUACAUUAAUAAAUUAAUGUUUUUUAAAGACAUGAAGUCUGUUCUGUACCUUAUAUCGUAUUCCAUCGCUGAAAAUUGAUCAACUGGUUCUGUUAGUGUUAUCGGCUAUCCCAUCGUGACGUCAUUAAAUGGCAGAUAAUUUGAAAAAUGGUAUAAAUGUAAUUAAAAGAGUGUAUACCGUGAAGCAUUGUAAUGCAAUCACACACUAUAUGAUUAAUUUUUGUGGACACAAAAAAGAAAAUCGAUCAUUUGCGAAAUAAAGCAGGUAUUUGUCCAUAAAAAAUCAUAGGCCCGCCGGGCGUACUCUCUGCCGAUUUUGACAGGCCCAACGGAUUUUUUUAUACACCACGGGCAUCGGGCGUGUGGCUUAUUUCGCAGACUGAUGUUAUUAAUAGAUGUGUAACAUAUAAUAACAGACAACAUUGUUUGCCAUAAUAAUGCAAAUAGGUGUUUGUCUUUUGAAGUCUGAUAUCUGUUGAAUUAAGACCCAAAUUCAGGCGCGUAGGAAGGAAAUUGACAUUGGGACCGCGGUAGGGGUUGGCUGGGGAGGGGUGUCCCUUCCCUUCGAGAUUUUUUCAAUUUUAAGCAUUGAAAGACUCGAUUUCCAGUGAGUUCAGGUAUUAUUUUCAUGUUUUUAUCUUUAUUCGGUUAAAAUAGUUGAUAGAUAUAAAACUAUUAUCUUUAGUAACAUUUAUUCACUAUUACAUUUAGACACUGAAACAUGGGCAAGAUCGUGACCUUCAGAAGCUGACAUUUGUUUGUCAGAGCCCUGCUUAGGUUGUGCUUUUACAGUUCAUACCCAAGUGUCACACCAAAGAUGGUCACAGGUUUAAUUAUGACAUGGUGACCUGUUUAUUCAAUAUCUUGUCAGACUGCUAUUGAUCUAUAUGCGCGUAGCUUUAUUUAAAAUACGAUUAUUAAGAAAAUCUGUAUCAAAAAAUUGCGGCCCCAUUGCCGUUACUAGCCAGAAUAUUGGGGCCGCGGUGCGGCCCCAGCUCCUACGCGCCUGAAAUUACAAACUAUAAUAACUCGAUGUUUAAUGAAGUUGAAGUGAUUUAUUUAACAUAUUGAUAAUCAGCAAGCAAUGGCCUUUUAAAUUAUAUGAGGUUGCCAGGCAUCAAAAUUUAACGUUCUAGUUAUUAUUUCUAUGGGAGCACUAGCUUAUUUGUGGGUCAGAUACCUUAAGUCAACUUAGGUUAAAGAUGGAUUUCCCUCAAUUGUUUUAGAUAUUAUCCUACUUUUUUCCCUGAGAAUUCGAACUUUUCAAGUGGAAUUUGUCUUGGCAUUAGUGUAAUAUUUAUAGCAUCUUGUGUGAUGCAUCAUCAGCUGUACAUAUAGAACAUGGACGAUGACAUAAUAUCAUCAUUAUAGGGCGUGUUUUGAAGAAAAGUGUUAAGUUGCGAAAAUAUAAUAUUUUUCAAUUUGGUUGAUAAAGCAAUAGAGUUUUCACAAGCACACAACUACUAGUAUGUGUAAGGUUUUUGUUCACUGUGGGCAAUGUACAUCAUGUAUAAUGCUGUAUAUAGAUACAUGUACGUCAUGAUUUGUAAAUGCUUAUUGUAAUUUUAAAGGGAAUCAUGUUUAGUAAAAGAAUUGUGUAUAAUAUGAACAAACAACAAUGAUGGAAAGUGUUUUUUUAUCGGAAGUUGAUGCAAGAGUUCCUAUGUUUAACUUAAUUAAAAAUGUGACAGAUAAUGAUACAUUUUGGUGAAAAGCAUCAGUGUAGAUUGGGAAUUGAAUAAUAUUACAACUGUAUUUACAAUAUUCAGGUGAAAUGAAUAUCUGACAGUUGUAUAUAAAAAUAAAUAAAAUAAUUCAAUUUAUAUCAAGUUAGAAUUUUUCUUAUGGCCAACACAGAAUCUAUGAGAGGGACUUUUAAUCCUUGUUUGUUGUAAGAAAGGAAUUUGAAAUUACUUAUCAAUAUUCUUAACGAUAGGCGAUAUUAGAAGGAAAUUAUGUUUGUAUUAUUUGUAGGGAUGGCAACGAGUAGUAAAAUUAAUACUCGAGUACUCGGACGAUCGUUCGAUCGAGUACUCGGGUACUCGAUUACUCGGAAAAAAUGAAUAUGUGUUCGCAAAGGCAAGAUUGUGUAUACAUUUAUCGUAAAUGACGUAUAUUGUGCGUUGGUCAUAUUAUUGGUCAUUUUCACCUUUAAAGUACACUUUCUUUACGUAUUUUAACAAAAAAUGAUAUAAAAUGUUGUUUCAGGCUUUUAAUUUGUCUUAUUCGAUUCAUUUUAUACAAAUUUAUAUGCACUGCGGAAAUGAACAACAAUCAGAAUUACAAAAAAACGAAUAUUAAUAGCUUACAUAAAAAUAGUGAAGGAAAUUCAAUACGAAGUUCAGUUGUUUACUCUACAAUUUUUUUUUUUUAAAUUAUAUUUUUUCGUACUGUGUUAUUGUUGUUUACCUCAUUAAUAUUCAUAAUUCUUGAAAGGUCUCUAAUUGGUAUACAAUAGAAUUGUGUAGGUGAAAGUACCGCUAUCAAAACUUCCCUAAUUGACAUCAGUGCUAAUUUGAAAUAGGGGUCCUUUGUUGACAGUUUGCAACUAUCACAACAACUGUCAACUAAUUGGUUGAGGUCAAUUGUGUACACAGCUGGAUUAGAGGGACCGUAAAUUGUCCUCUUGGCAACUAACCAGAUCUGAUAUUUUGUCUGUAAAUCGUGUAUUUGGUGAUUUUUAUAGAUUUGUUUUCCGAGUACUCGAGUAGUGAUUUGGUACUUUUACUCGGACGUUCUAUCGGGUACUCGUUGCCAUCCCUAAUUAUUUGACAUAAAAUCAUUUUUAAGAGCUCGACUAUUUGAAGAAUAAGGAGGCUACUACUUGCGUUAGCAUCUGCGUCUGGUUAAAGUUUGAGGGAAAGUUGGCAUUUUCACUUGUAACUCCAAAACCCUUCAUUCAAUUCACUAAAUACUUCAUACAGUUGUCCAUGACCAUCACAGAAUGAGGUUACAUAACUCCAUAUUUUCAUAAAUACAAUUUUUUUCCCUGAUUGACUUAGGAACUUAGAUUAAAGUUUUAGGGCACAUUGUGUCUGCUUAAAGUUUUAGGGCAAGUUGGUAUUUUCACCAAUUGCUUCUAUACCUUACAUUCAAUUGACUUAAUACUUCACCUAAUUGUUUACGGCCUGAUCACACAAUUUGGUUACAUAAAUCCAUAUUAUCUUAAAUUCAAAUUAUUGCCGUUGAUAGACUUAAAAAGUUUGGUUCAAGUUUUGGGGCAACUUUAGGUGUUAACUCAGAUCUCAAAUUCUGUUCAUUCAAUACCCUUAAUACUUAACACAGUAGCCAUCGCCCAAAUUAGGUUACUCUACUCCAUUUUAACCCAAAAUACAAAUUAUGGCCCUUGAUUGACUUUUUUAUUUACUUUUUUAUUGCUUUUGAAAGGUGCAUAUUACAUCAUUAAUGUAUUUAUUUCUAAGACAAUGGGCAUGCAUUUUAGCAGGCUGUCCAACAACAGCUCUUUUUAUAAUAAAUAAAGUCAUAAUUUUAAGUCUUGUCUUUUGAGUGUACAAUAAUUUAUUAUCUUCAUGCAAUUUAAGUGUUUUACACAAAACCCAACAAUAAGAAGUUUUCGACAACAUUCAUUAUUUGUACAUUUUUUCACCUGUUGUUUUUUCUUUGCUUUGUCAUUUGUGUGUAUAUUAUUUCAUAACAUUGUCUACCUCAUUUGUUCAUGACUUUGGGAUUAUUUGUGCAAAUUUUGUACAGACUUUAAGUACCAUAUAUAUUCUUCUAUAAGGCCUAGAUUUCUUAUAAACAUAACGUGAUGUUGUUUUAAUUCUAAAUUAGUGUUUUUAAUUCUAAGUUAGUGUUUUAUUGAAAUAGUUUCUUGACAUUAUUGAAUAUUUCACUAAAAUCUGUAGAAUUUUGUUAAUUGUAAAUGUUUACGAAAUUUUUGUCUAACCGGUAAUUUACAUCCUCGGUCAAUUUUUUAAAUAAGGUAUUUUUAUAAUAAAUAUUUAAGGAUUUCAUUUCAAUUGUUAGUGAUUUUUACAUAUUGUAACUUUCUUUGUUAGUGAAUAAACAAAAUGACAAUGCGUUGAAAACCACUGGUUGUGAAAAGUUACUUGCAUUAGUCUCUCCUCGUUAUUUCUCUUCAUUGCUUGAUAUUAUACAUGUAUGUCACAAAGUUUUUGGCCCUGUCUUAUAAAUGGACGUAUCAACCAUUAAAAGUGGUUUGAUUGGUCAAUUUGCAAGAACAACUUUCAGUCUAAUUUGACCAACACUUAAUAGCUAGAUGAAAUUGUUGGUUAAAGGAUUGUCAUUUGAAAAUUUAUGCAAGGUGUUUUGUAAUAAUCAAAGAUACCCAUAUAAUUUUGUCAAGGUGAAAUAUUCAUUCUACAUUUUGUCAUACAGCGAUAUAAGCUUUAUAUUUUGUGAAAUUCUGGAAAAUUACAUUCUUUAGUUCGAUGGUGCCUUGAUGCUAUGAAAUAUAAAACAUGAAUGACUCUAUUGAAAGUAUCUCUGUCUUCAUCUGUUGUGUAGUAGUUUAGUGUUAUGCAUGUCUUCAGCCAUUACUUUUGUAUCAAACCAAAGAUGGAUAUUAUUGUAAAUUAAUGAUUAAUUUUUUGUUUAUAAAACUUACCUCGUCU